GUCAUCGCGGGGUGCUUUUUGGGAGCUGGAGCUGCAGGUUCAAAGAGCUUCUUGUCCUCGCGUUCAAAAUGAGUCAACUCCCACCCUACCCUCCCGCUCGCUAUUUCUGGCGGUUGUUACGGUACAAUUUGGAUUCCGAGAUCACAUAAGGUGCUCGGAUUAUCCAUCAUUGAAUGAAUCCUUAAAACCACAGCCAGCAAACCACUGUUCGCCCUAUCUAACAACAACCCGAACAGCCCAACCAUGGCGCCGUCAACUGAAGACCAACCCCUCGUCAACCUCAAGCCAUUGUUGGCAAGGUUAUGGCCGCUGGGCCAUCCGGACCCGGUUUCGCCAACGGAGAUCGCCGAAGCUAUCUCUCAUUUCUUCACAAACCAAGUCUCCGAAGUUCAAGCUGGGUCCUUGUUGAUGUGCCUGCACUUCACUGGCUUGGAUCGCCAGGCUGAGGUGUUGGCCAAGACAGCAGAGUGCAUGCUCAAGUCUGCCGCGAAGAUUGAUCAGCCCGCACUUCGGGCGGCCAUCGACGCAAAGCGUAGGAAGGAGGGACAGUAUGAGGGCGGCCUGGUCGACAUCGUCGGCACAGGAGGCGACUCCCACAACACCUUCAAUAUCAGCACGACCGCAUCCAUCAUCGCCUCCAGCCUUCUCCUCGUCGCCAAGCACGGCAACAAGGCCUCCACCUCCAAAUCCGGCUCGGCCGACCUCCUCAACUGCAUGCAGCCGCAGGCGCCCCGAAUAGACCGCAUCCGCCCGGACACCAUCACCGCGCUGUACAGCAACACCAACUACGGCUUCCUGUUCGCGCCCGUCUUCCACCCGGGGAUGCGGCACGUGGCGCCCAUCCGCAAGCAGCUGCCGUGGCGCACCAUCUUCAACCUAGUCGGCCCCCUCGCCAACCCGACCGACCUGCGCGCCAACAACAACAACAACAACAACAACGACGCCCAAGGAUCCCCGCAGACCUCCGGUGGCAGCGGCGGCGGCGACCCGCUCCUCGAGGCGCGCGUGAUCGGCGUGGCGCGCAAGGACAUCGGGGCCGUGUUCGCGCACGCGCUGCGGCUGGGCGGCGCGCGCAAGGCCAUGGUGGUGUGCGGCGACGAGGAGCUGGACGAGAUCAGCUGCGCGGGCGACACGCUGUGCUGGCGGCUCCGCCCCGCGGACGAGGACGAGGGCGGGGAGACGGCCGUGGCCACGGAGCACUUCCGGCUGCACCCGCGCGACUUCGGCCUGCCCGCGCACCCGCUCUCGGCCGUGUCGCCGGGCAAGGAGCCGCACGAGAACGCGGGGAUCCUGCGGCGGAUCCUGGACGGCCAGGUACCCGACGACGAUCCCAUCCUGGACUUUGUGCUGAUCAAUGCCGCCGCGCUGUUUGUGGUGUCGGGCAUCUGCGAGGCCGACACGAGUGACCUGGGCCACGGGGACGACGGCAAGGUGAUCAAGGAGCGGGGCCCGGGAGGCGGGCGAUGGAAGGAGGGCGUGCGCCGCGCGAGGUGGGCCGUCAAGAGCGGCGAGGCCGCGAGGCAGUGGGCUAAGUUUGUUGAGGUCACGAACAGCUUCAGUGCUUAAGUAGUUGCAUCCGUGCGAUGGAUGAAUGGGUUUGGGUAGAGAUGGUUUAUCUUUCGCUUGGUUCGCGCUGGGAAUAGGGGGAAAUCACUUGCGGAAGAAUCGUGAAGACAUUAGAAGUUCCUCAAAACA